AUGGAUAAGGUUGGACCAGAAACUACUACUGAAUUAUUUAUAAAGGACUAUAAUUUAAGAAAAAAAGAAUUAUUUAAUUUUUAUAUUGAAUUUAAUAAAAGCUGUAACAGUGAUGAUGAUGAAUGUAAAGGUAUUAAUAUUCCUGAUUCCUUAAAUAAUAAUAACCUUCGUAAUCUUUACAAAAAAUAUAUCAGAAAUGUUAAAAACAUAAAAAAUGGGAAUUUUAGUAAAUUUAAGAAUAUAGAUAAUGAAAAAAAUAUAGAACAGCUUUGUAUAUAUCUGAAGUAUUGGAUUUAUGAUCUAAUAUCAAACCAUGUAACAAAAGACCGUGAUAUAUCGACAUUUUUUGAUGCUUGUAAUUCAGAAAUAAAUUCACUUUUUUCUGAUAAAAAUUUCCUUGUGAAUUCUAUGAAAUAA